AGACAACUGGAGACAACUUCAUGUUAUUGACUGUCAGUACUCUGAAGUUUUCGAAUUACUUAUUUUCAACAAUCUCUUUUGCAGUUACAUGUAAAAGAGAUGACGUUGAAAAUUAAUUAACUAGAGAUAAAAAAUUCGAGCGAGUAAUACAAAUGUACGAUUGAAUGAUAUUUGCACUAGCAUAUAACAUGUCAUUCAAAAUGGAUUUAACAGUAAAUCGUGUUUGUUUAAUUCAUGAUGUCACGACGCACAUUCGCGAAGUCAUUGUUAAACAUACGUGUGCAGUUUAUUAUAAACGAUCCAUUGAAAUUAUUGACGAUUGGAACUUGUAAACUUAUAGUAGCGCGGUGAGCCCGCGACAUUCCAGAUUAUAAUAUAUGAUUUUAACAUAGUGACACGUUUAAUUCUUAUGUAUUUUAAACGUACGGAAACAAGGAUAAUUUUUUACAAACGUAACAACUCGACGUGAAAUGCAAAUGCAAAUAGGUCUAAUUCAAAAUGAGAAAACCGACUCAUCUUGGUCAAGGAAGGAAAGACGGAAAUGGUUUUUAUCUUUAUUAUGUGGCACUUGUCUGAUAUAUGCUACAAGAACAUCUGUUCCUUUAUUGAUGCCAAUUAUAAGUAAAGAGAAACAAUGGUCCAAAACAGAUUCUGGAGUAAUAUUAUCCAGUUUUUUCUGGGGUUAUACAUUAACACAAGUUGCUAGCGGUUAUAUUAGUGAUAGGAUCGGAGGACAAAAGGUAUUAUGCAUUUCAGCCCUUGGAUGGUCUAUGACAACAUUUUUUAUGCCAGAAAUUAUAGAAUUCUUUUCAAAAAGUGAUACAUCUGUAUUAUUAGUAUCCACAGUAAGAACAAUCAAUGGAGCGUUUCAAGGGAUGCAUUUUCCUAGUAUGAUUAGUUUGAUAAGUCAACGAUUGCAUGAAACAGAAAGAGCCUCGUUUUUUAGUUUAUUGACAUCAGGAUCUGCUCUUGGUACAUUACUCACAGGAUCUCUAGGUUCCUACCUACUGGAAAAUUAUAACUGGACGAUAGUUUUUCAAACUUUAGGUGGUUUGAGUUUGACAUGGACUCUCUUAUUAGGCUACCAUACUCUGCCAUUCAGGGAAAGAACAACUUCUGCUAAAUUAACUACUAAUUACACUUUACCUUGGUUGAAGCUCCUGAAAAAACCUCCAUUCUGGUCAUGUGUAAUUGGCCAUGCAUGUCAAAAUAAUUGUUUUUUUGUAUUGUUAUCAUGGAUGCCAACAUAUUUUCAUGAUACAUUUCCUGAAGUGAAGAGCUGGGUCGUAAAUAUGGUACCAUGGUUAUCAAUGUUACCUUGCACAAUUUUGGGCAAGGCUCUUUCUGAGAAAAUAAUAAAAGCAGGGUACUCUGUCACAGUGACACGUAAAGUAAUCGAAACAAUAUGCUUUCUUACUGAAAUAAUAAGUCUGCUGUUUCUAGGUAUGUAUAAUAAUGUAGAAAAAUUAAGUAAAAAGAUUAAACUCAAAAUCAUUUCAGCAAAAGUGGAAACAUUUCAAGGUGCAAUAAUAUGCCUUGCAUUUAUAAUUGGUGGAUCAGGUUUUCAUAAUAAUGCAAUUGCUGUAAAUCCUUCAGAUCUUGCACCAAAACAUUCUGGCAGUGUAUUCGGUUUAAUGAAUACUGUUGGUGCUAUACCUGGAUUCCUUGGAGUGUAUUUUGCAGGACAUAUUCUACAUGUAACACACAGCUGGCCUGUUGUUUUUAUAUUUAUUGCUAUAAUUGACACAUUGGGAUGUAUAAUAUAUUUACUUUUUGGUUCUGGCCAAGCAAUUAUAUGAAAUGUCAAAUAAAUUCGUUAUACAGUGUAUUUACUAUUUGAUUCUCUUUGAAUAGUUGUAUGAAAUAAUUUCGAAUAAAUUUUAUAUUUUUUCGGUU